CUUAACUGCUCCCUGACUCUUAACUCUCUCUCUUUCAUCCCACCCCCUCCUUCCUUACUUCCUCUUCUCACUCUCUCCUCCCAUUCUUUACGGGUUUCUCAGGUCCGGAGUGGUUUUCAAGAUGCCUCUCGGAAUUCACAAUCCGCUCCCUUCAUCUCUGUCAAGCGAAUGCAAAAAGGUUGGGAAAAUUCUUACGUCCUUCGUGGACCCCCGACAAGCAUUUGGACCUGAUAAGGUCAUUCCUCCCGAAAUUCUAGCAGGCGCUAAAGGUCUCGCCAUUCUUACUGUCCUGAAAGCCGGCUUCCUGGGCUCCGCUCGCUUCGGUUCGGGGGUUGUUGUAGCCCGCCUCGCAGAUGGCUCUUGGUCGGCUCCGUCGGCCAUUGCGACAGCAGGUGCCGGAUUCGGGGGCCAGAUAGGGUUUGAAUUGACCGACUUCGUUUUUAUCUUGAAUGAUGCGGCUGCUGUGCGCACGUUUUCUCAGGCGGGAACAUUGACACUGGGUGGUAAUGUUUCGAUUGCCGCUGGACCGAUCGGACGCAACGCCGAGGCCGCAGGCGCUGCAAGUACGAAGGGUGUCGCGGCGGUGUUCUCAUACUCCAAGACCAAGGGUCUCUUUGCCGGCGUGAGUCUGGAGGGAAGUAUGUUGGUGGAGCGCAAGGAUGCGAACGAGAAGAUGUACAACAGUCGAGUGUCGGCCCGCCAGCUACUGAGCGGAACCAUUCGGCCUCCUCCUGCCGCUGAUCCUCUUCUACGUAUCUUGAACUCGCGCGCUUUCUAUGGCAACUCGAGGCAAGGAGAUACUAUGUAUAACGAUAUUCCUGUCUAUGAUGAUAGCCAUGAUGAUGUGGUAUGGGAGGGUCGACGAGGCGAUGCCUAUGGAGAAGGUCUUCGGCGUGACCGGACUGGGGUGAACGGCAACGACGACUAUGAGUACCGGGAUCGUCCUCGUCGUGCGAACACGUGGGCCGAUGAUAUCUAUGACCGACCCGCGGGAGGUCUGAACCGGUCAUCAACGACUCGCAACAGCAGCCGCCCGGAUACCUACGAGUCUUUCAACCGCAGCCGUAGCAACACCGCCCCUAUUGAUGAAGACUAUGUGUAUUCCGACCGCAAACCCAGCCGUCCAACAGCCCCGAAGCCGAUCUUUGGGCAGAGGACAGGGGCUGCCCCUACACUCCGUCAGGACCAGGCAGUUGCGCUGUACACAUUCGAUGCUGAUCAAGAAGGCGACCUGGGUUUCAAGAAAGGCGAUAUCAUCACCAUCCUCAAGCGAACUGACAAGGCGGAGGACUGGUGGACGGGGCGAAUUGGAGACCGAGUUGGAAUCUUUCCCAGUAAUUAUGUUGACCCUGCUUAAAACCUUGAUUCCCCUGUCUUAGUUUAUGCGAAAUGACAUUUUUAUGACAUCCCUGUUUCUGUCUUUCCCUCAAUGCCUUCCAGAAUACUCGUCCUCUUUGAUCUUUCAGUUUCGCAUUGGCGAU